AUGGGUCCGUUCCGUGUCAUCUCAGUGAGCCACGACACCAUCUCAGUGAGCCACGACACCAUCUCAGUGAGCCACGACACCAUCUCAGUGAGCCACGACACCAUCUCAGUGAGCCACGACACCUUGUCAGUGAGCCAAGACACCAUCUCAGUGAGCCAAGACACCAUCUCAGUGAGCCACGACACUGUCUCAGUGAGCCAAGACACCAUCUCAGUGAGCCACGACACCAUCUCAGUGAGCCACGACACCAUCUCAGUGAGCCAAGACACCAUCUCAGUGAGCCAAGACACCAUCUCAGUGAGUCAAGACACCAUCUCAGUGAGUCAAGACACCAUCUCAGUGAGCCAAGACACCAUCUCAGUGAGCCACGACACCAUCUCAGUGAGCCAAGACACCAUCUCAGUGAGCCACGACACCGUCUCAGUGAGCCACGACACCGUCUCAGUGAGCCACGACACCGUCUCAGUGAGCCACGACACUGUCUCAGUAAGCCAAGACACCAUCUCAGUGAGCCAAGACACCAUCUCAGUGAGCCAAGACACCAUCUCAGUGAGCCAAGACACCGUCUCAGUGAGCCACGACACCGUCUCAGUAAGCCACGACACUGUCUCAGUGAGCCACGACACCAUCUCAGUGAGCCACGACACCAUCUCAGUGAGCCACGACACCGUCUCAGUGAGCCACGACACUGUCUCAGUGAGCCACGACACCGUCUCAGUAAGCCAAGACACCAUCUCAGUGAGCCACGACACCGUCUCAGUGAGCCAAGACUCCGUCUCAGUAAGCCAAGACACCGUCUCAGUGAGCCACGACACUGUCUCAGUGAGCCACGACACUGUGUCAGUGAGUCACGACACCAACUCAGUGAGCCACGACACCAUCUCAGUGAGCCACGACACCAUCUCAGUAAGCCAAGACACCAUCUCAGUGAGCCACGACACUGUCUCAGUGAGUCACGACACCAACUCAGUGAGCCACGACACCAUCUCAGUAAGCCAAGACACCAUCUCAGUGAGCCACGACACUGUCUCAGUGAGUCACGACACCAUCUCAGUAAGCCAAGACACCAUCUCAGUGAGCCACGACACUGUGUCAGUGAGUCACGACACCAACUCAGUGAGCCACGACACCGUCUCAGUGAGCCACGACACCGUCUCAGUGAGCCACGACCCCACAGUGAGCCACGACACCACAGUGAGCCAUGACACCACAGUGAGCCACGACACCACAGUGAGCCAAGACACCGUCUCAGUGAGCCACGACACCGUCUCAGUGAGCCACGACACCGUCUCAGUGAGCCACGACACCGUAUCAGUGAGUCACGACACCGUCUCAGUGAGUCACGACACCGUCUCAGUGAGCCACGACACCGUCUCAGUGAGCCACGACACCACAGUGAGCCACGACACCACAGUGAGCCACGACACCGUCUCAGUGAGCCACGACACCGUCUCAGUGAGCCACGACACCAUCUCAGUGAGUCACAACACCAUCUCAGUGAGUCACGACACCAUCUCAGUGAGUCACAACGCCAUCUCAGUGAGUCACGACACCAUCUCAGUGAGCCACGACACCAUCUCAGUGAGUCACAACACCAUCUCAGUGAGUCACGACACCAUCUCAGUGAGUCACGACACCAUCUCAGUGAGUCACGACACCAUCUCAGUGAGUCACGACACCAUCUCAGUGAGUCACAACACCAUCUCAGUGAGCCAAGACACCAUCUCAGUGAGCCAAGACACCAUCUCAGUGAGCCACGACACUGUCUCAGUGAGCCAAGACACCAUCUCAGUGAGUCACAACACCAUCUCAGUGAGCUACGACACCAUCUCAGUGAGUCACAACACCAUCUCAGUGAGUCACAACACCAUCUCAGUGAGUCACAACACCAUCUCAGUGAGCCACGACACCACAGUGAGCCAUGACACCACAGUGAGUCACAACUCCAUCUCAGUGAGCUACGACACCAUCUCAGUGAGCCACGACACCACAGUGAGCCACGACACCACAGUGAGUCACAACACCAUCUCAGUGAGCUACGACACCAUCUCAGUGAGCCACGACACCAUCUCAGUGAGCCACGACACCGUCUCAGUGAGUCACAACACCAUCUCAGUGAACCACGACACCGUCUCAGUGAGUCACAAGACCGUCUCAGAUUGUGCAGAAAUCGUUUCUGUAGUUAGAGGCACCAUACUCCCAAAGGUGGUAAUCACACCUGUGGUGGAGGGUUCGGGUUCAUGUUUUUUGACCUGCUGGGAGAUCUGUCGACGUGCCCUUGAGCAGGACAUUGACCCUGGAGGCUUCUGUGUGUCGCUCUGA